GAAGUCGACUAUACAAAUCCGCGCCGUCCGCAGCCUCGCAGCACACCAGCCAUGGGUGAGCCCAUCGACAUCAUGGGCGACGGGUCCAUCAUGAAGACCAUCGUCAAGGCGGCCCCCGCGGAGAACACGGCGUCGCCGCAGGACGGCCACAAGGUCAAGGUCCACUACGUGGGCACGCUGACCGCCGACGGCUCCAAGUUCGACAGCUCGCGGGACCGCGACUCGCCCUUCGACUUCACCGUGGGCAGCGGCGUCAUCACGGGCUGGUCCGAGGCCGUGCCGACGAUGAAGGUCGGCGAAAUCGCCAAGUUCACGAUCUGCUCGGACAAGGCCUACGGCGCGUCGGGCUCGCCGCCGAAGAUCCCGCCGAACGCGAGCCUGGACUUCGAGAUCGAGCUGCUGAGCUUCACGGACCGCGACGACGUCUGCCGCGACGGUAGCCUGCUGAAGAAGAAGGUCACGGUCCGGGGUUCCGUGUGGAAGCGCGGCGACGACUCCGUCCGCGUCGACUACGGCGCGCUCGACUCGGAAGACUCCUCGACGUGGACCGUCGACGAGGACCGCAACGCCGACGGGGGCGCGUCGGUCUGCGGCGGCGUCGAGGCCGUCGUGAAGAAGAUGAAGGUCGGGGAGGUCGCGACGGCGGCGAUCGCGGCGACGCACGGCUUCGCGGACGGCCCCUUGGCGGGCUGCGCGCUCGACUGCGAGCUCGAGCUGGUGGGCCUCGUCGAGGAGCCGCCGACCUGGGAGCUCAAGGGCGCCGCGAAGAUCGCCGCGUGCGAGGCGAAGAAGGGCCUCGGGAACGCGCACGUGGCCGCGGGCGACUUCUCGCGCGCGAGCCGCCGCUACGGCGCGGCGCUCAACAUCGCCGCGUCGGACUACGACCUCGACGACGCCCAGAAGGCGGAGCUCGGCAAGGUCUCCGCGGCCCUCAAGCUGAACCGGGCCAUGUGCCACCUGAAAUUGGAGAAGUGGGCCGACGCGGACAAGGACUGCCGCGAGGUCCUCGAGAAGGACCCGGCCAACCUCAAGGCUUUGUUCCGCCGCGGCAAGGCGAAGCUCGCGCUCGACGACUGGGUCGAGGCCAAGGCGCUCUUCAAGAAGGCGCUGGCGAUCGACGCGGCCAACAAGGACGCGCGCCGCGGCCUCCUCGACAUCGCGAAGAAGGAGAAGGCCCACAAGGAGAAGGAGAAGAAGCUCUACGCGGGCCGCAAGCUCUUCAAGGACGAGAAGAAGAAGAAGUCCCCGAACCCUCCCGUCGCCUUCGAGCACCAGCCGGGCCCGGACGCGGUCCCCGCCGACGCGCCCCAGCCCUCCCUCCCGCCCCAGCAGUGAGUCGGCGUAAUUACCGCCGCCACCUC